AUGUUCGGCUCCGCCCGAACUUAGACUUUCUUACUUGUUAUUUAUGUAUCGCAUUGCGGUAAGUUUUUAUUUCUUGGUAAUUCGAAUUGUGAAAUGGCAAAAAAAAAAUUAUAAAUUUAUCGAGUUCAUGUAUUUACAAUUAAUUAAUGCAAAUUUCUUUCAUUUCAGACCAUAAAUUCACAUCUGAAGAGCUAAUUAAAAUUGUGAAGAGCACAACCAUUGAUGACAUAUUGGCAGAUUACGAUUCUGAUUUGCCAGAAGAUAUGGACGCGGAUAAUGGCAAGCAUAAUAAAGCUGAUAAAAGGAAGCCGAAACGCAACAGCACUUUUAUACGUAAAGACCCCGAGGAUAUUGUCGAUUUGGCUGACAUUAAGUCCAUAGGAAAUGUGCUAAGUUCGUAGGAGUAAAAGUUAUUAAAAAUAUAUAAAUAUA